AUGGAGGGUAAAAUGGAGCAGAACUCUGGAGAGAUCAGAUUAGGAGAGGCCAUGAGCAUCUUUGAAAUUCUCACCUGCGAACGACUAACCGGCAAGACCCAGCCUGGAGAGGCUGCACCAGCGCAGGGCCGUCACGGAGCGAGAGCGCGGCCGUGCCGAGUCCGAGCUGUCGAGGGCAACUGGCAUGGCGCAGGAACUGGAGCGGCAGAUCGAGCAGGCCAACGCCACGCUCACAGGCCGGAGCUCCAAAGAACACAUGCCAGCGGCAGCGGUAGCAGCAGGAGGAAGAAGCCGGGGCUGGUGGUGGACGCCGAUCAGCCUCGGGAUCAGAGCAACACGCUAAUCGUCGAGGUGAUGCAGGAGCUGGACCGCGUCAAGAGCGAGCUCCGGGAGCUGCAGUGCGAGGUGAAGGCCGCGAGGGAGGCCAAGGCCGAGGCUCACGGAGACGCGGAGACGCCGACGCCCAGAGCGAUAAGCCCCGGUUCGCGUACGCUCGACGGCGUUGAGCGAGAGGCCGGCGAGGAAAACGAGGAGCACGGCCGUGGCAUAGCGGAGCUCGCCGUGGCCGGAGGAUUCCGCGAGGGCGUCCAGGUCACGAGGGCGCUUGCCGACGUGCUGCGGAGGGACAGGAGCCUCGGAGCGAGCGACCUUGACGACAGGUACGCCACCGACGUGGGACUCGAGUCCGCGGACACGGUGGUGGUGCCAGCGACGGAGGAGACGAGCCACGCCGAGUACGCACUGACGAUCGCGCGACACGGGGAGCACGAACGCGACGACCGCUCGUCGCGGCAGGCUGCGGAGUCCGAGCUGACCUCGGCGAGGGUAGAGCUGGAGUCCAUCAAGGAAGAGGGAGCCCGGUUCACCGGCUCCGUGGAACGCACGCGCAUGGAGAAGGCGCGUGUCACCGAGGAGAUCGAUCGCCUCGCCGAGCAGGAGGAGAGGGCCAGCGCGCAGGUGCAGCAGCUGAACGCCAGGCUUCUCAGGGCCAGGUCCCGACUGGACGCCGCCACGGCCGCUGACGAGAGGGCCGAGGCGGUGCUCGCCGAGCUGUCGGCCGCGCUGCGGCAGCUGGGCGAGGAGACCGAGGCGGCGGAGAAGGAGAGGGCGCUGACGGAGCUGGAGAACCAGUGCGUCAGAAGAGGACGCGGACACCGUCGGCGCCGAGAUCGCGGCGGUCGAGCAGUGGGUCAGGGAGUCAGUCAAGGAGCUCGAGGCAGCGAGGGCGUCGGAAGCCGUGGCGACGGCGAAGCUCAGGGCCGCCGUCGAGGCCGCAACGCUGGCCAGGGCGGCGGUCAUGUCGCAGCAGACGUCCGGGAACGUGACGAUCUCCAGGUUCGAGUACGAGUACCUGACCGGCCGCCCCGAGGUCGUCCGGAUCGUCGCCGAGAAGAAGGUGGCCGCGGCGGUGGCGUGGGCGGAGGCGCUGCGCGCCGGCGAGAAGGAGAUAUCGAUGCGCAUCGAGAUGAUCGAGAAGGAGAUGGCACAAGCGAGGGCCUUGGAAGCGGAUGCCACGGACAGCCCGAGCGGAGAGGAGCCUGA